AUGGAAUUUAUUCAAGACGCUUGCCCAUCGCAAGUCACUGUUCAAACGGUGGCUCACACGUACGGCGAGAUGAUUUUGGCCUCUCGUCUCAAUUCAACUUACACCAACAUCACGGAAGUCCUGGAAUCCAAACAGGCCCAUCAGUACUACCACCGAAAGAUUCGAAAUCAACAACAGGUUACGUACAGAUUCAAAGAGUACAAUCCAAAGGAUGUUCGCAAGGUCUACCCUUACUUUACGGACCGCUAUAUUACUGCGGAAGCUAGGAAUUGUAUAACGUACCAUGAGACGGGCAGGGACAAUAAAGAUCCCCAGAAUUUCACCUAUACCAACGCCAACGAUGCUAAGGACACCGGCACAAUCACAAUACCAAAGCACUCUCUGGGCAGAGAAGGUACCACGUACAUAUAUCGAGGCUUCCACGACCCUACCGUUGCCGACCAACAGAGCUGUGGUCCUCGACGUCUUUGGAUGUGGGCUUACAAAAACCCCUCCGGGCAUCCUAAAAACCCUUCCGGGGACCCCAAAGCCCCACCAGAGCCAUCUGCUUUCUACAAGUGUCCAGUAAAUAUUAGCGAAGUCAUCAAUGCCGAUCCAAACCAACCCAAGCACUUCGUACCGGAUGAAGUCGCGAAAAUGGCUGCCGCAUCAAUUGCUAUGCAGGGUCAAUAUUCAGGUCCGCCAGGUAAUCGCAGUGAACAGGAUUACCAUUCAUAUCGAUUCUACGCGUCAGGAUCCGCAUGGGAAGUCCACCACAAAGACGCUGACGAAGUCGGCGAUAGAUUUGCACUAUUCGCGCUCGGCUCACUUGCUAAUAUGGCUGCAUUGAACCCACCGAUUCAGAUCCCUGGAACCGUUCCUUAUCUUUGGUCACAAAGUUAA